UCUUUCCCCAUCAACAGUUUUAGGUGUUCAAGUUUUAGGAUCAUUAAUGUAAGCAAUCUCAAAAUUCCUCUGCUGAAAAUUCUGUUUUAUGUGAAGGGAGAACCUGUUGUUCUAUUUUUAGUGAACAGAUCAAAGUAUGGUUUGGUAUUCAUUGAACUGCUGAGGGAAGUUACCACUGCUGUGUACAUGUAAUGCGUCCUCAAUGCGUUUAAAGUAAUGAUACAGUUCUGCAAAGAUGGUUCAGUGUGGUAUAAGGACCUCUCAGAAACUACUCCUGUAUCCAAUAGCUGUGGUUCCACAGAUAUUUAGCAGAGAUACAUGGGUAAAAUGUAUCAGUGUAUUGUGGCCCGCGAUUGUUCCGCCUUUGCAUAUUUUUGUGCUCUACUACUACUGGCGUCAGUUUGCACGCAAUGUUGACAGGCGAUAUUGUUCCUGCUCUUGUUGGGACACUGUGUUCAAAGGAACUUAUGAAACUGGAAUUGCAUCUUACAAGCAUUUUUAUUUCAACGCAACCUUCAACUCAACAAAGAUAUGGAUAUUAACUGUGAUCUGCGUCAUUUCAUUCUAUGAAUGCGUCAAAAGACUGAUUUGCCUAGCCUUCGAAAGGAGGUUGAGAUUUUCCAUGGUCAUCUUGUUUGUCACAUCCAUAUUUUCUCAUUAUUACUCAUGGUGGGCAUAUGUAAACUAUUGGAACGACGACUUUUAUAAGCAAUGGAAUCAUCAGCUGUUCUUUUCCAUAACCGAGGUCAUUUCAACAGGGUAUGUUUUGUAUCUAACGGACAGUCGAAACCCAAUCGAGCCUUUUUACGUUAUGCCUAUUAUUGGAAUAGCUUUGAUCCAUAUUAUGGCUGCAGCAAUUGAUCAGUUUGUAGCCAAUGUUUUCAAGGGAGAAGGCUACGUACAUCAAGUUAUAAGAGAUCUUUGUUUUAUGAUACCUGAUAUUCUACAUGUCACUCUCCCUCUAAUUGAACUGAGAUACAGUCAGAAGCAAGCAUUGCGUGCCCUGAACCUCACGGAAUCCAGCUUGAAGAAAGAACUGUUUGCUCUGUGCUGUCUUGUGGCCCUUGGGCUUUUCGUCAUAUCAUUACUUUGAGACUCAAGGUAAACGGUUCUCCUAUAAUUUCAUUUUUUGUGCUAUCCUGAAAAUGUGGCCAUCUUUAGUGGCAAAAGUUUUUGCAAUAUUGAGAGCUCCAGCCAAAUAUUAGAAAUAAUUCAAUUGUCAUGGUGGCAUCCUUAAGAGCAUUCUCAUCAAAACUAGUUUUCUGUUGAAAGCACAUUUCAAACCUAAUAAUGUUUUCAGUAAAUCAGCCAUAAUUUACUAAUGAUAUAAGCGUAUACUAACUUGUCCUCCAAGAAGAGAGGACUCAUGUACUGAUGAGGAACUUAUUUUUCUUCCUCCCAAAACAUUGCCGUAAGAAGAAUAGACCAAAAAUUCCAAUUUGGUCCGGAAAAUCUGGAAAAGUCUGGGAUUUUUCCCCAAAAUUAGCUAGGAACCCUGAGAAGGAAUAUCGACGGUGAAAGUACUAGACGAUGUCUCUGGGUUUGCAAUGUUGCAGACUCUCUGUCAUCCUUUAUUUCCUAAAUCGAAAACUUUUAACGUCAGUUCUUGAAAACUUCCAUGAAUUUUCUUCUCUGUGCAAAGAAAUCCCUGCGAGAACUUCUCAGGAUUACUUGAUUUUUUUCCCUUAAACAAAAUGAAGUGAGAGCGAAGAUUUUUAAACACCACAAACCAGAUACGUUGUCUGAUAGUUUCACUGUCGAUACUUGACUCUCACUUGUCUGAGCAAACAGGGAAAUAUCAAAGAAUUUGUGUAAAAGAUUUGAAUUGCCCCUCCUUGUAUUUUUUGCCGUCAAAUAAGUUUUCCCACGAUGAAUGAAGAUUUCUCAUCAAAGUUCCCCUCUUUGGUUUGAAGUCCAUAGACACUCUGGAUAUUCCAUCCUAUUGUUUGUCAAAAUCACUCAAUUUAUUGCCAAUGUGAGGGAGGGAUGUAGUUGCUUUUUCAUUUUAUCCAGUUUAAAAUACAUAUCGAUGCAAUUCAGAUUUUUUUCUCAUUUUUUUUAUUUCUUCCCUAAAAAGUGACUUAGGUACACUUAUCGGUCAGCAAAAUUAUGACUUGGGAUACAACCUUUGUAAACUGCCUUCUUUUUCUCCUAUUACCAAUUUGAGGCGUUAGUUUGUCCAGUAUAAAGUCGGGACACAAGAGUAUUUCAAAGAUUUUGAUCAGAAGUAUUAUGAUUGUUUCAAUGCUCGAACUCUUACUCAAGUCAAAAUCAGGUUGAUCAGCCUUUUAAAUACAUCAGUGAUAAUUUUGACUUAUUUAGUCAAUUCCAUUCCCCUAAAAAUGAUAUUUAAUACUAGGAAGAGUUGUUUUUUUCUUUUGUUUAAAAAAAAAAAAAACUGAAUUCUUAAUUGACACGAGGAUAUCAAAAAUUAUGAAAAAUUUAUGAUUUUGUAGGAACGCAUUUGUAGACGGGGGGUAUGACAAUCAUGACAGGGAGCCCUAAUUAUAUCUUAUUUAUUUAUUUUUUUUAUAACCUGACCAAAGGCACAAGCCUGAAUCUGCGGUGGUUUUUUUUUAAAGGAAAGAGAAGCCUUUAAUAAAAUUGAUAAGGAAAAGCUUUCUCCAUUAUCAAUUGAAUAAUUCUGUUUUGUAUACUCCCUCUUUUUCAAUGAUAAUGUCAAAUUGUCCUCCCCUCUUCAAAUGAAGAGAAAAAUAUGAAGGAUGUUCGAUCAGGCAGAAUUAAAAGAGCCUGCACUUGAUUAGUCCCAGAAGAAUCGUUGAAGAUUUUUAGCAAUGCUUUCUAAAAGCCAUAAGAGAUCAAAAACAAUGAUGUGAUCUUGAGUUUUAUCUCCUAUAUUUUACUUAAUCAUUUUUUAUCACUAUUAAAUUUUAUUGUUCAAUGUUGAUAGUGUAUAUUUUUAUUGUCUAAAUUAUUGAAACCAUGAAGUAUUCUAAUUUUAAUAUCUUUUUUUAAUCAUCGUUUUUCUAUCAUUUUAAGCCACCGGUAGAUUAGUUUUGUAACAAGUUUUGCAGAAUUUUUGAAACAUUAAACAUCAGCCAUUUUUUGGGAGAUUCACCAGCUAAACAUAAAAUUGAGACACCCAUGUCGAAUUUCAUCCAGGUGUUGAAAUUUUAGAAUUAAGUUAGCCGCUCCCAUAUCACCAUUUCUCUUGCUUAUACUUUUGUGAUUUUUCUCUCAGAGAGAAGAAAUCACAAAAAUGCUCUUAUGAAUAAAAUUGAAAAGUGAAGGACUUUAAAAACAAGAAUUGAUUUAUUUUUAAAAUUGUGAAAUGUGCAUAUCGAUGACUUCUAAAACUUGUUUCUGAAGAUUCUUCAAGAGAUCAAAAAAGCUCACUUAUUAUUCUUCCCAUGUAGGCAUGCAGAUCAGCAAUAGUGCCUAUUUUAGAAUUUUAAAGAGAUAUCCUGGUUCUCUCAAGUAUAUAUAAUCUUUUGUAUGCAGCUGAGAAGCAUCAAUUCAGACUCAAUCCUGUGUGUAUCCCAAAAUCGGCAACUAUUGCAUUUAUUUUUUCCAAGUUUAGCCAUCGAUAUGAACAUCGAAUGAAACAAAAUUCUUUCAAUUGUGAAACUAGGAAAUCUUUUACCUUGCUUUACGACAUUGUAGAUUAUUUGUCACAUUUUACUGUGACUGAUCAUUGUUUUUGCACACAAUUCUAUGUAAUUUCCCUUUUAUAUCUCAAGAAUAUUUUCUGAUUACGUCAUUCAAAUGCUUAGUACUCUAAACUCCUCAUCAUCCAGAUUAAUUGGAACCAGACCGACCUGGAUAAUGAAUAAAUCUGAAUAUUAGAUAGAAAAAUAGCCUAAAUUGCUUAUAAUUAUGAAUGAAUCAGAGUACAGUUUGUGUUUCAAAGAAUGAGUCUCUCUUUAAAAACUGCAAUUCCCUAUCUUAGUUGUAAGCACAUUUUAAUUGUUUCAAACUGACCAAAAAUUUCAAUCGAAAUUAAUAUCCACUAACGGAAUAUCAGCCUGCCCCUCUGCCCUGCUUUGAUCAGUUACCAUUUUGAUCCAAACAGUUUGGAGUCUGGAUAGUACCAUAUCUGAAUGAUCUAGAGUUUAGUGUAGGUAGUUCUUCCUUAAAUUUCAAUAUGAAAUGGAAAUUUUGAGAUGCUGCAAGUGAGAUGUAUGCCUGUCUCCAUAGUCUUAUCGUUGAUCUGUUGUCUGUUAAACUGCAGUCUAAUUUUCUCCUUGUUGAUAAAUCAUGAUGAGACCUAGCAGAAAUAUAGGCAUAUGAUUGGUUAGUUGCACUGCUUGGUUUCAUUGUUAUUCCUUUUUUUGGAGUGAUAAGCGACAAGCUCUUGGAACCUUUUUUGGUGAUUGACAACCAAUGGAUUUUUUGACUCAAUGAAGGCACGACAAAGAAAGUUAGUGUUAAAGCCAACCAAUUCAGAAUCUACAAAUCCGCGAAGUCUCACUGUGCUUUUGUUAAUAAAGGAGAAAUUUCAAUAAUUGGCCUGCUGUGAUUCCUUUGUGUACAAAGCAAUGAAUGUGUUUUCCAAAUUUUUACUCUAGCAAUCCUAGUAGUAAAUGACGUUGAUCUGACAGAAUUAUAAUCCAUAAUUCUUUCGAAGUGUUCCAAUUCAGAAUAUUCUGAGCUCUAAAUCCCUAGUCACCAGUAAUAAUAACCAUUGUUAUUUUUUGUUUUAUAUUUUGAACCUAGAUACUUCCAUUAAGUUGAAAUUUCUGCUUAUUCCUCCUACCAUUCCUCUCAUCAUGGGAGUCCCGUAACCCUAUUGUCUCUACCUACCUGUUGGUAGAUUAAAGUUUAGGUGAUACUCAAAAUCGAUAUGGGAUACAAAUGUUUUAGACUUACCUCAUUUGAAGGGUCUUAUUCUGAAUUGGAGAAGGUUGUAGGAUGCCGAGCUCAUUUUGUAAGCUCAGACUUGAACAAAAAUUUUGAUAAAAAAGUUGUGUCCAAGAAGAUCUACUUUUAUCUAAGUGUUGCAAAACCUAAGAGUGCUAAUGAGAGGCCCUGGUGUGUUAAUUAGAGGUUAGUAAUCAUUAUAAUAAUAUUUAAAUCAACAAAUUUUUUCCUGACUUACCCGUAAGAUUUCUGCCUUCUCCAAAAAGUCCCAAAAAAGGCAAUGUAUCCCAUUUGCUCUUUGUUCGACAACUUUUCAUCACAUCUCAAUUUCGCCAGAAUAUUAAUUUGGUGCGCUGUUUAGAAAGUUGAUGAUUUCUUGUAAAAGAGAAGAAAAAAAACUCCCCACGACAUUUUUGCAAAUAAUAAAGAUAAAUCUGGUCGCUUGGAAAAAUGCGUCCUGCAUUCAUGCUAUGCAUUGAAAUGCACCUCAAACCUUGGUGAUGUGUAUCAUGUAAAUUUUUUUCUCUUCAAAUGUGAGAGACAAUUAGACGGUGGACUCCCAUUGCCCAUGCAAUUCCUUUAGCUCCCUCCAUAUUUUAAGUAUUUAGUUAUUUUUCCUGAUUUACGUUAGCGGUAAUUGUAUAAGUAUAUUUAGGUAUUCUCAGUUUUUUUGUUCCUAGGAGAGAUAUUUAAUCUUUAUUGUAAGGCACAGUUUUGAUUUUUGUAAAAUGUCUUUAUCUGUUACUUGUUCUCAGCAUGAAUUUUAUCUGAAAAACGAAGCACCAGUUACUAAACACCAGUUAAUGAAAUCAUGAAAAUAAUGAGACAUGUUUUCUUUCUUUCAUUUUAUUAUUACACGUGAAAUAAUUUUCUGACAUUGUUAAAUACCUUUAUACUAAUUUUUUAAGAGUACCCUAGCUUCCUUUGAAUAGGUUUUUUUUGGAGAGGGGGUGGUAGUGCAGCCAAA